UUUUGACUGCAAGAGACGAGAAGAAGGGACUCCAAGCUGUGGAGAAAUUGAAAGACUGCGGUCUCUCUGAUAACAUAGUUUUUCAUACGCUUGAUGUCACUGAUCAAACUAGUAUUUCUUCUCUUGCAGAUUUUGUCCAAAACCAAUUUGGAAAGCUUGACAUCUUGGUGAAUAAUGCAGGGAUUGCCGGAGCCCUGAUCGAUGGUGAAACUCUAAGAGCUGCAGGACUUGGUAAGGAAUGGUCAGAAAUUAAUUUUGAAGAAGUAAUUAUUGAUUACACUUACGAAUUAGCGGAAGAAUGUAUUCAAACAAACUAUUAUGGUGCGAAGAGAAUGUGUGAAGCAUUUAUUCCUCUACUUGAAUUAUCAAAUUCACCCAGAAUUGUUAAUGUUUCUUCAAUGAUGGGCAAGUUACAGAACGUGUCAAAUGAAUGGGCAAAAGAAAUGCUAAAUGAUGCAGAAAAUCUUACCGAAGAAAAAAUUGACCAAGUAUUGAAUGAGUAUUUAAAAGAUUUCAAAGAAGGAUCAUUAAAAUCCAAAGGUUGGCCUUCUUUUAUUGGUUCAUAUACAAUGUCAAAAGUAGCUAUGAAUGCGCAUACGAGAAUUCAAUCAAAAAAAUAUCAUUCCUUUCGCAUCAACGCUGUAUGUCCUGGAUUUGUUAGGACAGAUAUUGUCUAUAAUAUCGGCAUGUUAUCUCCAGAAGAAGGUGCUGAAAGUCCUGUAAGAUUGGCAUUGUUACCCAAUGAUGGUCCUUCUGGUCUUUUUUUCAAUUGCAAAGAAGAGACACCAUUUUGAUUAAUCAAUAA